AUGAAAAUGUCUAUUCGUCGCUUUGCCUUCGCUGCAGCCCUCCUGCUUGGCCAGGCUUCAGCCAGCACGCCUGUGGCCAGCUCUCCACUAGCCAGCAGUCAAGCUCAGGUAGCCACAGAAACCUGCCGAACGGAAUUAGGACCUAGCUCGGUGAAGUUGGUACCUACCACAACCAUCACUCGUACGAUCCAUGAGCGUACCCCCGUCGUUGUCCUCACAACAACUUUGGAAACCGUCACGGUCACUCCUGCUGGGUCGACCGAGAUAGUGACGGACUAUGAGACCACUGUUAUCACCUCCACAGCCGAUGUGAUCACCGACACUUUCUCAACAACCUCAACUGAUUUUGACACUGCGACAUUGACUCUAACUCCUGCUCCUGUCACGACAACCGUUGCCGAAGUCCUCUCGACUACCUCGACCAGCACCUCUACCAUUGCCACAUCUGUAGGCUUCACUCCAAUUGUAGACACUCUGCCUCCCACUGUUACUGCCAAGCGCUCAUUGGAAGAGGUUGAUGAUUGUUCUCCUUGGGUGGAUGACUACAAGUAUCCCCAAGCGGUCGUGUGCUAUGAGAAGAACAUCAUCAAGACCACAACCCUCUCCACUGUCACCGGAUCACUUGUUACUGUCACUGUUGCAACUCCUACCACCACAGUGACAAUCACCAACACCAUCACCAGCAGCUCGGUGAUCCUUCCCUCGGAUGUCUCCACUACACUGAGCUUCAGCACCACCUCAACCAUCACCGAGACAACAUUGGCUGCUGGUGAGACAAGCACGGUCACUUCCACUCAUACUGUUCUAGCGGGCACAACUACCACGUCUUUCUACGCAGCCUGUGCGACAAACAACAUCGCUGGAAAUCCUCUCUCUUCCGACUUCGGCUCGGCGGCAGGCAAAUUCAUUUAUUCGCUCGAGUUCACCCACGUCCCCGGCCAAAAAUUAACCGUUGGUAACACCAAUUCCGCAUACGAUUGCUGUGCCAGCUGUUUGGAAAGUUCGACAUGUGCUAUGUCAUACUACUACGCGCCUUCGUCUGCUGUCAGAUACUGCUAUGUAAUUGCAACAACCACAUGCUCAUUUGCUUCUACAUAUGGCACGGCUUAUCUUCAGAGCGGUGUGACCGGUGUGCAAAUCUCCAAUGGAAACUGCGGACAUGUGAUAGGUUCAAAUAGAUAUAUAUAG